AUGAAUGUUAUCCGAUUUGAUUUGAUAUUUUUAUUUGAUUCGGUCAAAAAGAAACAAAAGAAAAAACUCUGUUUCUACCAGGCCACCACCAUGGAUGAGGAGGAAGGAGAGAUGAAGAAUUACUUUCCGGUGCCAAAUCCAGUGUCAUGGUUUACAGAGAAGAUUAUAGUUUCACAAGCUGAUAUAUUUCAUAACUGUUACCUUCUCCUGACAUCACCUUUGUUUUUCCUUUUCUCCCUUGUUUCCGAAUCUGUCCAUCGUGCCGAUGAGACUAAAGAGAAGGUGGAAUCGGCGGUGCAGGUGGCGGCGACUCGGGUCCCUUCCACGGUGGUUCGGGGAAGUAACAUUUUGGUAAAGAAGGUGGUUUUUGGUUUGCUUGGUGCUGUUUAUAUGUGUAUGGUUUUGAUGUUGCUUUUCGUUGUGGCUGUGAUUUUGGGAGUUGGGCUGGUGCAGAAUUGGGUGGAUGAGCCUGUUUUUAUGAAGGAAAAAUUGCAUUUUGAUUAUUCUGUGAUUCAUCCUACCGCCGUCCUCCCAUUCUAUGGUGAUGACGGGUUUGGAGGCCAUAAACACAUGGUUCACUAUAAGAGUAAGCAGCGAUUAGGUGUGCCUGUUGGCCACACUUUUUACUUUUCUCUGAAUUUUUUGGUGCCGGAGUCUGAUUACAACAGAGAAAUGGGUGUUUUUCAGGUGACCACAGAAUUGAUAUCAAGUGAUGGAAACAUAAUGGCGAAAUCAAGCCGUCCUUGUAUGUUGAGAUUUAGAAGCUGGCCAAUUAGGAUGGUGCGAACAUUCAUAAUGGGAUUACCAUUAUUGUUAGGAAUUACAGCUGAGACGCAGAGAAUAAAGAUAGCAACUUUAAGGCACAAGGAAGUUUUCCCUAGAACUGAAGCGAUUAGAAUUAGUCUAGUUCCCCGGGCUGGUACUAUGUAUCUACCACAGCUGUAUGAAGCUGAAAUUGUGCUGAAAUCUGAGCUUCCUUGGACAAAAGAGCUGGUCCGCAGAUGGAAAUGGACAUUUUACGUUUGGGCUUCUCUGUAUGUAUAUGCAAUGCUGAUUGUUAUUCUUUUAUGUUGCUUUAAGCCAUUGAUAUUACCGAUGAAACCGAGUAGGGUGAAUGGCGGGGUUUACGGGCAGAAGUCAAUAGGCGAAGCAAAAGAAGAGGAAGAAGAGGAGGAGGAGGAAUCCAGCAGAGAUGAAAAAGGCUUAUCAGAGACAAUGAGAAGAUGGCAGGAAAGCAGAAGCAGGAGGAGGGCAAUGCUGCUUAACAGGGACGAUGUUGAAAGGCCGGAGAGAUGGGGAUCAAGCGCCACGAGCAUCAGCAUUAACCGGGAGGACACUGGAACUAACUGGGCUGAAGACGACGAUGACGACGUUGAUGAUGAAAAUGGAGAUGAUACUACUACAGGGGAUUCAGAGUCAGUUUGUUGUAAAGGCGAUGAAUGA